UCUCUGAUUGGGGAAGAUUGACGUAAAGAGGACGAUUAUGGAUGAAAGCCGUCAACCGGAAGACGUGGACGAUGAGUCACAAAAGCUUCUCUCCUGUAUAGAAGCCAAAAGAAAGGGUGACCCCGUUGCCUAUUUUCAAUUUCUUCAUCAGCUGGGAGCGAGUCAAGGUGAUUCGCUUUCACAUAAGAUACUAGCAGUUACCAAAAACGCUACAAAGUUACAAUCUGACUUGGAUGAGCUGGUAUUUCAGUGUUUGGAUUUCGACUGGCUAGCUAAUGCAUCUUCCGAAGUGGCGCUUGCUUCUUUCACUAACUUUGUAUUAACCGUUACCAGUCUCCAUGUACACUAUGUAGAACCUGUCAUUGCUUCCUUAACCAAGACUAUUGUUUGUAAAGACUUUUCCCAAGUCCAGUCUUCAGCAGUGGAAAAACAAACCUUUAAGGAAAGCGAGUGCUUGAGCGAGAUAUAUCACCAACAGACUUCUCAUCUGUUAUCACGAUUGCUGCAGUUGUUGCAACUCGUGGUCGACUGUUACCCUACUUCUUCUCAUAUCGUCUAUCGCAGUAUUCAUGUACACGCUCCUCACAAAUUAAGGAGUGUAGUUGAUCAAAGGACUUUUAUCUAUGGAGCUCUGUUGUUGAGCAAGACCUUCCCGGAUAUACGACAAGCUGUAGUGUUUCUUAUUGUAGAAAAAUUGGUGGAAGUGGAUACGGAGGCUUCACAAGUACUAAGAAAGGGAAGAUAUCCACCUCUGUCGGAGUCUGUCGUUGAAGAGUUGGAAACAAAGGAAAUUGCAGAUAUGGUCAACAAAUUGGACAAGUUGAUGGAACAAGUAUUAUUAUUUAUUCAUCAUUUGGACAGUCCCAGUGAAAUACAAUCUUAUCUUUCAUACUUUAUGGACUCAUUUAUCAAUCUCGUUCUACCAUUGCUGUAUCUACGAUUUACACCAUUUCUAUUCUGUAUCAUUUAUGGUUCCUCUGUAGAAAAAACUCAAGACCUUCUCUGGCAACUUUGGUUUAUUUUUACAAAUGGAAAGAAUUUUGAAGAAACUCGAAUAUUCAGUAUCAAGUAUUGUAGUUUUAUGCUUUCACAUUUACGAAUUGUGAAACGUGAAACGAUGAUUCAAUGGUUAUCAAUGGCUGUCUCUUGGCUUCAUGAUUAUUUGGAACUACAUGAGCAAAGUGAUUCCUAUCUUUUUCAAGCAGAAGAAGAGCAGAUGCCCAUUUCAGGCUCUUGGAGAAGCGAUAGUGAGAGCAUUGAUGGUGAUUGGUUAGCCGAAGAGAAUAUUCUAUUGGACUCUUUGAGCUCUUCUAAAAGGACGAACUUGUAUUCGAUGGAUUUGGCACAUCGACUGUUUUAUUGUACACUCGAUGCAGUAAUUUAUGUAUUGUUAAGCAGAGGUCAUUCUUUGUUAUCUUCUGAACAAAACAUGCGAAUACCCAGUCUUGAAGGUAACCUUAUUGAGAAACUUCGUUCCUUUCGUUUGGCGAGAAUUUUGCGUUCAUCUCUUUGUCCUUUAUUGUUCCUUCCUCAUGAACAAGGUCGAAGAUUUAUUUAUUGGGCUUUCUCAUUGCGACUUUUUGAUUGUAGGGAUCUACUUGAUAGGACAUCAGAUAAGACAACAUUAGACUCGUGGAUGAAAGAAGAAAGUUGCUUAUCCAUGAUACCUUUUGAUAUGUUGGAGAAUUGUGGAAAGUGGUUAUCAGAGCUUGUUAGAAAGCCAGAUGACUUUGUGGAUGAUGAUGACGACUUUUCAGAAGAUGAAUAAAGUUAGUUGGUACAACAAGGUUAUAGAGGCAACAUUUGGCAUGUCUUGAUUGUCAGACAUUGUACAAUAUAUAUAUAUAUAUAUAUAUAUAUGUUACAUAACUUUUCUGCCAAAUUAGACAAUAUUU